AUGUACCGUUUUGCAGCAAAUCUUGCCUCCAAAGCUAGGGUCGCUAACAACAGCGCCAAUCAGAUUAGUAGUAGGUUGAGUUGGAGCAGAAACUAUGCUGCUAAAGACAUUAGAUUUGGCGUGGAGGCUCGGGCUUUGAUGCUUAAGGGUGUUGCAGAGCUCGCCGAUGCAGUUGAAGUGACUAUGGGCCCAAAGGGGCGUAAUGUGGUGAUUGAACAAAGUUGGGGUGCACCCAAAGUGACAAAAGAUGGUGUUACUGUUGCGAAGAGCAUUGAAUUCAAGGACAAAAUCAUGAAUAUUGGUGCAAGCCUUGUAAAACAGGUCGCCAAUGCUACCAAUGACGAGGCUGGUGAUGGUACUACUUGUGCUACGGUCCUGACCCGUGCAAUAUUUACCGAAGGGUGCAAGUCAGUUGCAGCAGGUAUGAAUGCAAUGGACCUUAGACGUGGCAUCACUAUGGCUGUUGAUGCUGUGGUAACAAACUUGAAGAGCAGAGCACGGAUGAUAAGCACAUCUGAAGAGAUAGCACAGGUUGGUACAAUAUCUGCAAAUGGAGAAAGGGAAAUUGGUGAGCUGAUUGCGAAGGCUAUGGAGAAAGUUGGCAAAGAGGGAGUCAUCACAAUUCAAGAUGGAAAGACUUUGUAUAAUGAAUUGGAAGUUGUUGAAGGAAUGAAGCUGGACCGGGGCUACAUAUCCCCAUAUUUUAUCACCAACCAGAAGACCCAGAAAUGCGAAUUGGAUGACCCUCUGAUUCUGAUCUAUGAGAAGAAAAUCUCGAUUAUAAAUGCUGUUGUGAAAUUAUUAGAGUUGGCCUUGAAGAGACAAAGGCCCCUGCUGAUUGUUGCGGAAGAUGUGGAAAGUGAUGCCCUUGCAACUCUUAUUCUCAAUAAGCUUCGUGCUGGAAUCAAGGUUUGUGCCAUAAAAGCUCCUGGCUUUGGAGAAAAUAGGAAGGCCUGUCUGCAGGAUCUUGCCAUUCUUACGGGAGGCGAACUUAUAACUGAGGAACUUGGUAUGGACCUGGAUAAUGUGGAUUUGGAUAUGCUUGGCUCCUGUAAAAAGGCCACAGUAUCCAAGGAUGACACAAUUAUUCUUGAUGGUGCCGGUGAUAAGAAGGCCAUAGAGGAAAGAUGUGAACAGAUAAGGGCAACAAUCGAAUCAAGUACGUCUGACUAUGACAAGGAGAAGUUGCAAGAAAGAUUGGCCAAGCUUUCUGGUGGUGUUGCUGUGUUGAAGAUUGGAGGAGCUAGUGAAAUUGAAGUUAGUGAAAAGAAAGACAGAGUUACGGAUGCACUAAAUGCCACAAAGGCAGCUGUAGAGGAAGGAAUCGUACCAGGCGGUGGUGUUGCUCUUCUAUAUGCAUCAAAAGAAUUGGAAAAACUGCCAACAGCCAACUUUGAUCAGAAGAUUGGUGUCCAGAUUAUUCAGAAUGCCCUAAAGACACCUGUGUAUACAAUUGCCUCUAAUGCCGGGGUAGAGGGGGCUGUUGUUGUUGGCAAGCUGUUAGAGCAGGAUAACUCUGAUCUUGGUUAUGACGCAGCCAAAGGUGAAUAUGUAGAUAUGGUUAAAGCCGGAAUUAUUGACCCAGUAAAAGUAAUAAGAACAGCCUUGGUUGAUGCGGCGAGUGUGGCAUCCCUAAUGACGAUAACUGAGGCUGUUGUAGCUGAGAUUCCCAAGGAUGAGAAGGAAGCUCCAGCAAUGGGCGGCGCCGGCAUGGGUGGCAUGGAUUAUUGA